AUGACAUCAGUCGAACGAAUACUUGAAUAUUGUUCACUUGAUCAAGAAUCAUCUAAUCAAUUAUCAUUCAAAUAUCGACCACCAAUAAAUUGGCCAUCACAAGGUCGUAUUAUUUUUGAAAAUGUUUCCAUGUCACAUUCAAAAGAAUUACAUUCACCAUUGGCUCUUCAUAAUAUUUCAUUAAUAAUUGAACCUGGUGAAAAAAUUGGCAUUGUUGGAAGAACAGGUGCUGGUAAAAGUUCAUUUAUUCAAACACUUUUUCGAAUGGGUACACUUGUUAAUGGUCAUAUUAUUAUUGAUAAUAUUGAUAUAACAACUAUUGGAUUAGAUGAUAUUCGACGUCAUAUUUCAAUUAUUCCACAAGAUCCUAUUCUUUUUACUGGUACAAUGAGAAAUAAUCUUGAUCCAUUUGGUCUUUAUUCAGAUGUAGAAAUAUGGAAUGCACUUGAACAAGUACAAUUAAAGAAAUUAGUAAUAGAUAUGAUGUCCAAUGGUCUUCAUUCAUUAGUAAGUGAAAAUGGAUCUAAUUUAAGUAUUGGUCAAAAACAACUGGUAUGUUUAGCACGAGCUAUAUUAAAAAAGAAUAAAAUUCUUGUAAUUGAUGAAGCAACUGCUAAUGUAGAUAAUGUAACAGAUGAAUUAAUUCAAAAAGCCAUACGUGAUAAAUUCAAAGAAUGUACAGUAUUAACAAUUGCACAUCGUUUACGUACAGUUAUUGAUAGUGAUCGUAUCAUGGUACUUAGUAAUGGAAAAUUAGUCGAAUUUGAUUCACCUCAAGUAUUACUUUCAAAUAAUUACUCUCAGUUUACUUUACUAGUAGAACAGACAGGAGAAACUGAAGCUGAAUAUCUUCGAACAUUAGCAAAUUCAUAUACAAGACGAAAACUAGCAAUAUAUAACUUAGAUGAUGAACCAACAUUAGAAACUAAUGAAAUGGAUCCUCUUGUUCCUUCAUCGUUGUAA